AUGUGCUCGUUAAUUCUAGUUGGAGCUCAAGGGACCGCUUGGUUCAACACUGCAGCUCUUGUGACCUGCAUACGCAAUUCUCCGAGAUCGCGAGGACCAGUUGUUGGCGUACUGAAAGGACUGGUCGGCCUUUCGAAUGCCAUUCUUUCUCAAGCUUACUCAGCUUUUCUAGCUCCGAACCAGCCAUCGUUUCUCUUGGUCCUUGCAGUCGUGCCCUUGGCAGUUGCCGUUCCAACCAUGAGCUUUGUCAGGUCAGAAAACCGGGUCUUGUACGAUGAUAUUGAGGAGAAAAAGAGCUUUGAGAAAGUCGUCAUGUCCUGCACGGGCCUGGCAUGCUACCUUCUUGUUGCAAUCUUCGUUGAAGAUCAGAUGGAACUUACAUCUCAGAUCCGGGCAUGGAUUUUUGCUGGAAUGCUGUUCUUUCUAGUUACACCUUUGGCUGUCCCGGCUGCGCACUUCUUUGAAGAGCUUCACCUUAAUUUUAUUCAUACUUCAAGAAGAGAUGAACAGUGCGACGGAGAGGUGGAUUCAAGAGAGGCUGAUGACAAACUUCAACCCCUAAUUCAUCGAGUGUUGAGCACAGACUCCAUAUUUUCUGACUUAAGUCCAUCUGAGACACCAGCUGAUGAUGGCAUAGAAAACCAGCCUGUACAUUGCAGUCCACAUGCUCAUUUGAGUACGGAAUUGUGUGAUCAGGAGUCCCAAAAAGGUUUGUUGGCGCCUGACCAGGAGAGGACUAACAACUCUCACCCAGUUCUGGGUGUUCAUCAUAGGGGACUGGACGAAGCUGUUCACAGACAGUUGAACAGGAGGAGGAGUUCCCAGAUCCUCUUAGCAGUGGGAGAAGGAGCUGUACGGACGAGAAGGAAGGGGCCCAGACGUGGUGAAGACUUUACACUUGUUGAAGCUCUCCGGAAGGCAGAUUUUUGGCUGCUUGUGUUCUCGUACAUUUGUGGCUGUGGAUCCGGGUUGACUGCAAUCAACAACUUGGCACAAAUGGCAUCAUCCCAGGGCUACAGCAGGGUGCAACUGUUUGUGUCACUGGUUAGUGUGUGGAACUUUAUUGGCCGCCUUGCAGGAGGUUAUUUUUCGGAGCACCUCGUCAAGACUUAUCUCCUUCCAAGGCCACUGUUGCUUCUUGUGGCACAGCUUGUUAUGUCAGCUGGUCAUGCCAUUUACGCCAUAGCCUUCCCAUACUCCUUGCACAUCGGCUCACUCAUUGUCGGGCUUUGCUAUGGUGUUCACUGGUCUGUGAUGCCUGCAACCGUGAGUGAGCUCUUUGGCCUGAAGAAUUUUGGCCUAAUAUUCAAUGCAGUGGCGGCUGCCACUCCAAUUGGUUCGUACUUGUUCUCAAGCCUGAUCGCCGGGUACCUUUACGACUACGAGGCACACAAGGGUAAUGAUCGCAUCAGGCAUGAAGAUUUAGGAGAUCAGGCGAGCCGCAGCAGCAAACUCUUGAGAUGUCUCAAAGGUCCCUCUCCCCACCCCCCCUCUUCCUCCAUCACCGCAGAUCGCAUCGGGCAUGACGAUAGAGGAGAUCAAGCGAGACGCAGCAGCAAACUUUUGAGUCGUCUCAAAGAGGAGAUCAAGCGAGACGCAGCAGCAGCUGUAGCAGACGAGCAAGCAGCAGGCACAACCACUGGCACCACCAGCAGCACAGGAGACACUUCCCCCCACUCCUCCUCCCCCACUCCCCCUCCCGCAUCCUCCUCCGCCCACUCCCACCACCCCUCCUCCCACCUCUCUCCCGCUCCCCAAUCCCCCUCCACUGCCCACCUCUCACCCGCUCCCAGAUCCCUCUCCACUGCCCAUCUCUCCGCACCCUCACCUACCCUGCAGCAUGUACCUUCACCUGCCAUGCACGCUCCUUCGUCUCAUCCCUCUCAUCCCUCCCAUGCCCCAUCCCCCAGCCAAGCCUCCUCCUCUCUGCCCUCGCUCACCCCGCUGCUGCCAGGAGCAGGCAUGCAGUACCAGCAGCAACAGCAGCAGCAACAACAGCAACAGCAGCAAAUGUUGCUGCAGCAGCAACGGCAGAUGUUUCUUCAGCAGCAGCAGCAGCAGCAGCAGCAGCAGCAGCAGCAGCAGCAGCAGCAGCAGCAGCAGCAGCAGCAGCAGCAGCAGCAGCAGCAGCAGCAGCAGCAGCAGCAGCAGCAGCAGCAGCAGCAGCAGCAGCAGCAGCAGCAGCAACAGCAACAGCAACAGCAACAGCAACAGCAACAGCAACAGCAGCAGCAGCAGCCAAUUCCCCCUCACCUGCUGCAGCACCACCAGCAGCUCCAGUUGCAACAACAGCGCCUUCAGCUGAUGCAGCAGCAGCAGCAGCAGCAGCAGCAGACUUUACAGGCAGCAGCAGCAGCAGCAGCAGCAAGCGGAGAAAGCGAAGCAGCAGGAGGGACAGGAGCAGGCAGAGGAGCAGGGAGGGGAGCAGGCAGAGGAGCAGGAACUGGGGCAGGCAGAGGGACAGGAACUGGGGCAGGCAGAGGGACAGGAACUGGGGCAGGCAGAGGGACAGGAACUGGGGCAGGCAGGGGGACAGGAACUGGGGCAGGCAGAGGGUUAAGAGCACCGGCAGGACGCGGCAGAGGAGGAAGAACAACGGUAGGAAAAGGAAGGGGAGACGGAGCAGCAGCAGCAGCAGCAGUAACAGCGGCAACCACAGCUCAGAAUCCUCUGGUUUCUGCUUCUUUUGCACCCCAGCAGGGAGGGGGAGGCAGGAGCGUUGGAAGAGACAGUUCCCCUCAGCAGGGAGGAGCAAGAGGGAGUGGGGUAACGGGGAUCGCUCCUCACCAUCCCACUGCAGUCACUCCUCUACUCGCGGCCGUUUCUUCCUUAACCCCUUCUCCUGCUCUCACUACACCUCCUCCUGCCAUUCAGUCCCAGCGCCUUACCCCUCCUCCUCCCCCUCCUGCUGCUGCUGCUGUGGCUGCAGCUGCUACGAAUUCCCAUGCCUCGUCUGCUUCACUCGCACGCCCACCUGCUGCCUCCACUGGUGCUGCUGCUGCUCCUGCUACUCCUGCUGCUGCUGCUGCGGCAGGAGUGGCAGCAGCAGCAGGUCGGACUGGAGCUUAUGCCACAGCAAUGGGAGCUGGGCGGCUUGUUUCGGCACUUCCUCCCGUGCCAGUGUCUUUUACAAUGGUGCCACAUGCAGCUGCUGCUCAAACAGCAGUAGCAAACACAGGUGGUAACUUCCGUCCUAUUCUCGUCAAGGGUCCAGCAGCAGCAGCCGCUGCCUCUGCUACUACUGGAGGGACAGUCACCACUGCUCCUCGUGCUGCUGCUGCCGCUGCUGCUGCUCCUGCUGCUCCUGCUGCUCCUGCUACUGCUCAUCCUGCUCCCUCCCGCAUCGCCGCCACCAUGACCCCUCCACCAGCAGCAAUUUCUACACCAAAUGCUCUUGCAGCUGACACUGAUAUCGAGGAGUACUAUAACGAGGAUGACGCCACUGCAGCGGCCACUCUAGCAGCAGCAGCAGCAGCAGCAGCAAGAGCAGGGAGAGUGAGAGGAAAAGUCCCAAGUGCCUUUGACCUGGCCCUGUCUUUGCCUCUGCAAAACCCCCCAGCCUUCCCCUUCCCAUUCCCCCUGCCACUGGCGCAACGACACGACACCAGGGCCCUGAAACAGCUAUCUGCCCCUGUUGCACUACCACCAGAACAACAUCAAUGUCGGGCUGCUGAGCGUCAUGUUUCUGCUGGGGGGGAUGCCGUGAAGGUUGAAGCUCCGGGUGUGGGUGUUGCUGCAAGCGAUGAAGCUGUAUCCAGUGCUGCUGCUGAAGCACUGGGGGUGGUAAAGAGAGGGCCGGCCCAAGCUGCUCGAGCUGGAGAGACAGCAGGAAGGGAAGAGAGAAGAACAGCCAAUGCUGCUGCUGAAGCACUGGGGGUGGUAAAGAGAGGGCCGGCCCAAGCUGCUGUAGCAGCAGGAGCAGCAGGUGUGGUGGAUGGGGAGGGUGAGGUGAGGUCGAGUGUGCUGACGCAGUUUAGAGAGGGCUUCCCUGCUGGUGGCUUGCCGUGGGACGCGCUUAAGUGGUGGGGUGCGGAGGGAGGGAAUGCAGGCGACAUAGGUGGUGUGGGAGGAGUGAGAAGAGUGGGCGGAGGGGAUUUAGUUAGCAAGGCUGUCAGGGGAACUGGGGAGGAUGGGAGUGGUGCUUCGAAGGGUGUUGUGCUGGGUUGUGGGGUGGAAGACAAGGAGAGGGUGGAAGAGGAGGGUCGAUUGGAGGAAGUGGGUGAGGAAGAGGAGGAGAGGCGUGGGAUGGAUGAGGAGGGGCAACAAGGGAAGCUUGGGGAGGAGCAGCAGGAGGAAAACGGGAAAGAGCAUAACAAGGGGAUGGAGGAGGCGAAGGGGAAGGAGGAGGAAACUGGGAAGCAGGAGAAUGGGAAACAGGAGAAGGAACAGCAGAGAGGGAAGCAGGAGGGGAAGAGGAAGAGGGAGGAGAGCACACUAGAGAUGGCGGAGAGGCUGGUGGGAAUGCAUCGAGCAGCAGUGGGGAGGGCGAGGGUGGGCAGGCAGAGUGCGGUGUCACGGGGGUAUGCAAGCCCAGCGAGUGGCGGCGAUCUUGCUGUGCUGUCGUUUGUGUUUGGUGCUUACACUCCCCGCCAGUGGUGCUUACACUCCCCGCCAGUGGUGCUGCGAUGGUUAGGCUAG